UCGCUUCACAACCCAACCAACCACUUCUCCCCUUUCUGCUUGCUCACCCACGGCUCCGAUGGCUAAGCCUAUCUCCUCCCUCUCCGAUGCCCUCUUCUUCCUGAUGUCGUCCUUCGGCUUCUUCAUAUCAGGAGCCGUGGGAAACUCCUACGGGUGGCAGAACGCCCAUGCCACGUUCUAUGGUGGCGGCGACGCCUCCGGCACUAUGGGCGGGGCUUGUGGCUAUGGCAACCUCUACAGCCAAGGGUACGGGACCAACACCGCGGCCCUCAGUACCGCGCUCUUCAACGAUGGGCUCAGCUGCGGCUCUUGCUACGAGAUGCGGUGCGCCGAUGACCCCCGGUGGUGCCUCCCGGGAUCCAUCGUCGUCACCGCCACCAACUUCUGUCCUCCCAACAACGCCCUCCCCAACGACAACGGCGGCUGGUGCAACCCUCCGCUGCAACAUUUCGACCUCGCCGAGCCGGCCUUUCUCCAGAUAGCGCAGUACCGUGCCGGCAUCGUCCCCAUCUCCUUCCGCAGGGUGCCCUGUGUGAAGAAGGGAGGCAUAAGGUUCACCAUCAAUGGUCACUCCUACUUCAACCUGGUGCUGAUCACCAACGUGGGCGGGGCCGGCGACGUGCACGCGGUGUCGAUCAAAGGGUCGAAGACGGGGUGGCAGACGAUGUCGCGCAACUGGGGCCAGAACUGGCAGAGCAACUCGUACCUGGACGGGCAGAGCCUCUCGUUCCAGGUGACGACCAGCGACGGCAGGACGAUCACCAGCUACAACGUGGCGCCCGCCGGGUGGCAGUUCGGCCAGACCUUCCAGGGAGGGCAGUUCUAGGAGCGCCAGCGGCCGGGGCUCGUAGCCGCACAUUGCCGUUUAAGAUCGAGACAGGUAUGGAGAUACGGGAGGACAAGGCUUCUUUAGGCAGAGGCCUUUUGAACCUGGUUGAAGGCAGAGGUGGCUUCCUUAGCACCCGCUGAGGCCUAAGUAUAUGAUUAUACAUUACAGAGUGAUAGUGAGUGAUGUACACAAUACAAAAUCCUCCACAGCCAUAUGAUUUUGCUGGGAGAUUGUAUCACCUGCAUGCAGUGUAUCUUAUUUCUUCUACUGUUGCAUAAUUUAAAGGUCAUGAUUUGUAAGAA